AUGGCCGACGCUGAUGAGAAGAUGAAGACGAUCGGUAUGAACCAGUCUCCAUGGGAACAGACAAGGUUUCGAUCCUUAAUACAAGAAUUUAACUUCCGUGUACUCGGAAUUCCCGAACUCACUAGAGAUCUUAUGAGACUUAAAGACAAUAUCCUUAAUCGAAAGAUUAAUGCAGAUAAGCAGGAAGAAAACCCUAAUCUCAAUGAUCCAAAGAUGAGACCCCGUAUACGGAUUAGGUCUAAACUAGUUGAUAACCCUAAAGACCGUUUAGAAGCGAAACAGAAGUUGACAGAGUUAUUAAAGGCUCUCGAGGAGAGACUAACUCGGUCGGAAUUGAGAGUUUACACUAACUUGUGUAAAGACUUAAAGUCUCAAAUUGCCUACGGUGAUAAAGAAGAUGAGGCUGUAACUAGGGUUAAAGGACAUAAGAACCUAACCGAUAUCGAAGAAGAUAUGUACAAAUGGGAAGAUGAGAUGUUCGAGGUAGAUAUGUUGAUGAGAGUUCUAACAAGUGCAGUGGAGAGUGCAAAGGAAGUUAUUAAGGGAGAGAUGGAGCUGAAAGAUCUUGGAGCAAAGUUCUACAGAUGUGUAGAGAUGUUAUAUGGUGAAGAUAUGUUUGAAACAGUGACAGAAGAUCAUCAAAGAGCUUUACCUAUGAUCUUGAGCCGGUUGAAACAGAAACUGCGUCAUGUCACGACUGCAAGAGAAAGAUUGAAACCUCUCUGGAAGCAAACUAUUGAAAAACUUUCUACAAAUCAAAGAGGUUCUACAAUCUCAAGUGAAGACAACAACAAUCUGGUUUUAGAAUGUAAUUUCAUUAGUAAGCCAGAUGGUGACUCAGGGCAUGUGGGAGCGGGCCUCUAUGCUUCGGCAGCUCCCUCACUUCACAAAGGACUUGGCCAAGAGCUGAAAGCUAAGGUAAAACUUGAUUUCACAGUACCGAGUGAACCAGGAGAGAAGUCAUACACACUAUACUUUAUGUGUGACUCUUACUUGGGCUGUGACCAAGAGUACUCUUUCUCGGUUGAUGACAAAGGAUCUGGCGUUGGAGAUCACAUGGAAGAAUGA